AACAAAAACAGUUGACAUUACACAAAAACACACAUUUUCGUACGGAACUCCAAACCCCAACUUCGCAAAACCCUUAACAGAAACCGAUACCAAAAUCCUACAAUCAAAUGGAAACCAGCAACAACAAUCCAUCAACAUCACGGAAAAGAAGCAGAUCAGAAGACAAUUCAGCACCCGAAUCCAAUCAAUCUCAUUCAUUAGAAGAUAAUCUCAUAUUCAGCGACACCAUGGUUGCUCUCCAGAUGAUGCGUGCACAAUUUCCUCGUAUUGAUAAAGUUAGUGUUGAGCCUUUUAUAUUGCAGUCUCAGUUGUAUAGUAGUGUGAAGGAUAGGACACAGGUUGAUAGAGAAUUAGAGUCGUUGAGGAGGGAGAAGGUUUUGCGCGUUUUUAAGUUGAAUACGGGACAGGAUGACCACGCGCUAAUGUUUAUGGAAGAUUAUUUGAAGCAGAUGAAACGAGCUGUGAAAAGCAUGGAAACGAAGAAGCAAGGUGUUUUUGAGUGGUUUGAAGUUCAUGUCAUCCACAGCAAGCCUGAACCGUGUAUCGGUCAUCAAGAACUAUUGUCAUUAUUAUCACUAGGAGGAAAGGUGAAAGAUGAAGACAUAUCGCUUUUGAUAAAUGCUGGUCUAUUGACUCGCCAGCUUAUUGAUUCCGAAAUGUACUGGUUUGCAAUUCCAAAUAUUGGUUCCGUGCUGAAAGGCCUUACACAGGGAAGGAAGGAGCUAUUGUCUCUACUAAAUCGUAAAAAAUACAAAGAAAUGAUGUUGGCUAUUCUCGAGAAAAAACGUCUGCGUCUGUCCCCUUUGGAUAUAAGAUUUCAUCUUCGUGAUCUGCUCGGUUCGGGUCACCUCAAAACCAUCCAAACGCCAAGUGGUUUAGUCAUUCGAGUCGUGAAGAAUUAAAAUUUGGGGGUGUUGAAGGGCUUGAUUUGUCAAUACUAGAUUAUCAGAAAAUCUACCAUGGGUUGUUAUGUAUUGUUACUUGUAUUCUGUUCUCUAUUUCAUAGAAAUGAAAACAGUUCUUAUUAAAUUUUAUCUUCUUUUUCAUAGAAAUGAAAAUUAUUCUUACUGAAUUCAA